AUGACACCGUCGGUAUCGAAUACAUAUUAUGCAUCGCUAGAAGCUCCUCCACUUACCACAGAAGUGCCGGAGGACAACGAUGUGCUGCCUGAAACUGUCACUGAUUCCGUUAAACGGGACGAUGUUAGGAAACCACGUAGGAAAGGCACGAAUUUAUACGGUCGUCCGUACUGCCCUGGCAGACCACUAUCGAUGGCCGAACGACGGCAAAUUAUCGACUUACAUAUGAGCGGUAUGAAAGUGAACGCAAUAUCCAAAGCAUUGUGCAUUUCGCAUGGUUGUGUCAGCAAAAUUAUCAGCAGGUAUGAUCUCGAGAGUACAGGAUACCGUCAAACGGGAAUACUGUCGCCGGCGUCAUCGCCAGAACAGCGCCGCACACGAAGAAAGAAGAAUGAGUCGCCAGCAGGUGCUGAUGUGCACGAAUACAAACCAGAUUUCAAACCAGAUUACACUCAUGCUAACGACUAUGUGGCACACGAUUUUCGUGUUCACUAUGCCGGUGCUGGCGGUGCUCAACAUCCUACUGAAAUGGCCACGAUGCAGCACUACACGAUGAUACCGGAGCAUAUGAUAGCGCAGGACUAUCCUCAAGCAGUGCUGUUGUGA